UCCCGAGUAUGUACGACGAACCCCUACAGGAGGGCUGCAGGGCCCUGCAGACAGGAGACCUGGACACGGCAGAACGGAACUUUGCAGCUGCGCUCAAGGCUGUUCAUGCGAAAGGUGAGUGCUGGAAAGAGACAGAGCCCCUUUGCAAGCUAAGCGAUGUCUACCUGAAGAGAGGAGAGAAGUCAAAAGACGGAGGUGACUUCACCAAGGCUGCAGCACUCAGUAACGCAGCACUGGUGAGAGCUAAGACAGAAGACAAAGAGGGCAUCAAACACACAAUCCAGGGAAUAACACAAUCAUUUGUUAGAAACGUCCUGAGUAUCGAACAAAUGGUACCCCUCGAUGACAUAGAGAAAAACAAAUAUAUGUUAAUGUUAUGUCGCAGCUAUGUGAAAGAAGAGAUCAAAAGAAUUGAGCAACUAGUAGAUCCCUAUAGGCUACAUGUAGAUGACAACGACCCAAAGAUAAGGGAGGUAGAGAAGAAGAGAGUGUACGCAAACAAAGCCCUGUUUGACACUAUUGUUCAUCAGCGAAGAACAUUCAUAGCUGGCCUUGUAGAUGAGUGUAUAAGGGUAAUGGGGCCCCCUCCCUGUAAGUACGCUAUGAUAGGCCUGGGUUCACAAGCCACAGGGUUAGUAACGCCAUACUCUGAUCUGGAGUUUGCUAUAUUGAUACGGAGGGAAACAGAAAACAGUCUAAAAUACUUUUGCAACCUCACACAUUACCUCCAUCUGAAAGUGAUCAAUCUAGGGGAAACCAUUCUCCCGGCCAUGGCGAUCAAGUCUCUCAAUGACUUCGAGUCAGAAAACAAGCUGGAUAACUGGUUCUACGACUCUGUAACGCCACGUGGUUUUUCGUUCGAUGGAGCCAUGCCACUUGCAUGUAAGACCCCACUAGGCAGAGGUAAAACAUGUCUCCUUAUUCGCACACCAAGUCACAUGGCAAAAUUUCUCAAGAAUGACGUUAAGCUACAUCUUAAGAAAGGCUACCACCUAGCGACUGUCUUGGGAAAUGUAUCAUUAAUUACUGGAGAACAAGGCUUGGUCGACAAAUACACAAUUGCAUGGAAUCGGCACUUGAAGAAAAAUGGAAGUAAAAUUGCCAGGCUACUAGCAAACACUAUGCUGAUGGAAAAUACAAAGACUUUUGAAAUGCAGGAUCCGACUGCCCGAAUGCUGAAUGUAAAGAAAGAAAUUUAUCGCUUUUCAAGCCUUGCUGUAUCUUGUUGGGCUCUGCUCUGUGACAUACAGCCGACCACAAUCUGGGAGACUAUUCAGAAAAUGUACAAAAAGGAUGCCAUUAGUGAUACAAACGCACAUCACUUAAUGGUGCUGGUCAGCAUCUCAGCAGAACUAAGGUUGCGAACUUACAUGAACAACCGUGGUCAGGUGGAAAACAUGUCAGUCUUAUCGUCAAUGUCAACCAACGAUGACAUCGAGGAAAAAGCAAAAAGGAUUUUUCACUUCUCCAAUGUAAAACAGAUCAUGAGAUACUACUAUACAGCAACACCUUUGAAGUACUCUGUUCCACAACUUAGCAACCGUCAACCAGUAGAAGAGCCCUCAACUCUAUUCGACAACUCUUUCAUACUGCAAGCAGAUGUAUACGAAAGUCUAUGCGACUACAACCAAUCAAAGGCAUGCAUUGAACAGGCACUCCAUCAAGAACAAUCAAAACACAGAACGGUUGAAAUCCAUCCCGAAAUAGCCGGGUUACUUAAUAAGUUGGGAAACGCCUUGCAGAACAUUGGUGACACAAAAAAUGCUGUCAAACACCAUAAAAAGUCACUACAAAUGUGGCGAAGUAUCUAUAGUGAGACCACUGCACACCGUGAUAUAGCUGACUCACUCAACAGCCUGGGUAUUGCCUGUAGGGACCUUGGUGAUCACAGAAAGGCCGUCAGCUUUCAUGAACAGGCACUAAAGAUGAUGCAGAGUAUCUAUGGUGAGGGCAUCGCACAUCCUGACAUCACCUCGUCACUUAACAACUUGGGUAACGCCUGGAGUCACCUUGGUGAUUACAGAAAGGCCGCCAGCUAUCAUGAACAGGCGCUAGAGAUGUGGCGUAGUAUCUAUGGUGAGGGCAACGCACAUCCUGACAUUGCCGGGUCACUUAACAACUUGGGUAACGCCUGGAGGAAACUUGGUGAUCACAGAAAGGCCGUCAGCUAUCAUGAACAGUCAUUAGAGAUGUGGCGUAGUAUCUAUGGUGAGGGCAACGCACAUCCUGACAUCGCCGGGUCACUUAACAACUUGGGUAACGCCUGGUGGGAACUUGGUGAUCACAGAAAGGCCGCCAGCUAUCAUGAACAGGCACUAGAGAUGUGGCGGGGUAUCUAUGGUGAGGGCAACGCACAUCCUAACAUCGCCAAGUUACUUAACAACUUGGGUGCCGCCUGGAGUGAUCGUGGUGAUCACAGAAAGGCCGUCAGCUAUCAUAAACAGGCACUAGAGAUGUGGCGGGGUAUCUAUGGUAAGGGCAUCGCACAUCCUGACAUCGCCAUGUCACUUAAUAACAACUUGGGUCUGGCCUGGAGUCACCUUGGUGAUUACAGAAAGGCCCUCAGCUAUUAUGAACAGGCGCUAGAGAUGAGCCGGAGUGUCUAUGGUGAGGGCAUCGCACAUCCUGACAUCGCCAUGUCACUUAACAACUUGGGUACCGCCUGGAGUGACCUUGGCGAUUACAGAAAGGCCCUCAGCUAUCAUGAACAGGCGCUAGAGAUGUUGCGGAGUAUCUAUGGUGAGGGCAUCACACAUCCUCAUAUCGCCUCGUCACUUAACAGCUUGGGUACCGCCUGGAGUCACCUUGGUGAUCACGGAAAGGCCCUCAGCUAUCAUGAACAGGCACUAGAGAUUAGACGUAUUAUCUAUGGUGAGGGCAUCGCACAUCCUCACAUCGCCAAGUCACUCAACAAGUUGGGCUCCGCCUGGGGAAAGUUAGGUUAUUACAGAAAGGCCGUCAGCUACUUUGAACAGGCACUAGAGAUGAGACGUAUUAUCUAUGGUGAAGGCAUCGCACAUCUUGACAUCGCCUCGUCACUUAACAACUUGGGCUCCUCCUGGGGAGACUCAGGUUAUUACAGAAAGGCCGUUAGCUACUUUGAACAGUCACUAGAGAUGAGGCAGACUAUCUAUGGUGAGGGUAUCGCACAUCCUGACAUCAUGCAAUCACUUCACAAUCUGUCUGUUGCCUGGUGGAAGCUUGGUGAUCACAGAAAGGCCGCCUCUUAUUAUGCUCAGUUAACACGUAUGAAACAGAUGAUUGAAGAGACUUGAAGACUGACAUUGCCACUCUCCUGAAGUACGUUUUAUGUCCCAUAAAUUGUUCAAUAGCUACACAGAAAGCAGUUUAAAACAUUUUGCUAAAAAUGAUCGUGAAGUACAUGUAUGAUGAUUUUGUUUGUUUACAAACGG